UAUGAUUUUCAGCAACAAAAUGCCGCAGAUAUGUCAUGUUCGGAAAGAGAAGAUCCUGUUGAAGACAACAGUUUCAGUCCGAAUUCUUGCAAUGAUGCUGCUCAAAUAGAUAUCUACCGCGAUUUGAUUUUACGGCACCUUAUCCAAGAUAUAAAUAGUACUUGCAUCAAGCUAGCUGUUCCCACAAAUCCUUACGUAUGGACAGCUGAACAGAGUGCGAGGUGGAUAUCAGAUACUUGCUUACAAUUUCAACUUGUUCCACCACGUCAACUUUCAUUGCCAGGUCGCAUUCUUCUUGCUAUGAAUCAAGAAGAGUUUAUUGCUCGGGCGCCAGGAGGAGCCGGUGACACACUUUAUGCACAACUUCAACUAUGGAAGACAGACGAAAGUCUUAACGACGGUGAUUUAUUGAAUAAUCACUCACAGCAAACUUUUUACGGAUUGCUAUUAACCAGCCCUUCUAGCUCUGACACUCAGCUAUCUCCUGUUGAUGAAUCAGUAAAUACUUUUUUCUUCCUAGGUAAAAAUAAGCGAAAUAUCAUCGAAGGGACAUCACCGAGCGUUGUCCAUUUCCAUCGGCCAUCUGGAUCAGUGCAUCUAUGGCAUUUUAUAAGAGAACUGCUCGAUCACCCGAAGCAAUAUGCAUCUUGCGUUCGAUGGGUUGAUAGAGCAGAAGGAACCUUUAAAAUUGAAUCGUCGCAUCAUUUGGCACGAUUUUGGGGGCAACGUAAAAAUCGCGCGCAAAUGAACUACGACAAAUUAUCACGAUCACUACGGCAAUACUAUAGAAAAGGAAUUAUCCAAAAGCCUGAAAAAAAACAACGCCUUGUAUACAAAUUUUUACCGCCAUACAAUCUAUAA